AUGGUCACGUGACGAAGGGGCGGGGCUACACGUCUCGUCCGGAUUCCUGAGCGCGAGCCGAAUUUCCUGUCCACUUGGAGUGCAGAGCCGCGCGCGCAGCGGAGCUUUCAUUCUUUUCUUCUUACCCGGAGCUUCUAAACCCACAAACAUCAUAAACAAGAUGUUCCGAAGUCUCGCAGCUGUCGUGCUGCUGGUUGCAGUUUCCUGCCAAGCUCAGGAACCCCAGAGCAAGUCGAAGGUGUGUGCUAAUGUAUUCUGCGGUGCAGGCAGAGAGUGUGCAGUAACAGAGAAAGGCGAACCCACUUGCUUGUGCAUUGAGCAAUGUAAACCUCAUAAGCGCUCGGUGUGUGGCAGUAACGGCAAAACGUACAGAAACCACUGCGAGCUUCACAGAGACGCCUGCCUUACUGGACUCAAGAUCCAGGUGGCACAUGAUGGGCACUGCAGAGAAAGAAAGACAGAGAAGCCUGCUGCCAGUCCAGUGGUCUGCUACGUGGGUGACCGCAACGAACUGCGCAGACGUGUGAUUGAGUGGCUGCAGACUGAAGUUGUGCCAGACGGCUGGUUCACCAAAGGCUCCAACUUCACUGACAUCCUGCUCAAGUACUUCAAGAAUUACGAUAACGGUGACUCCCAGCUGGAUUCGGCUGAACUUCUGAGUUUCAUCCAGCACAACGAUUCAGCAGUGGAACUGCACUCAUACGUAGAGGAGGAGAACAACCGGCUGCUCAGGAGUCUGUGUGUUGAUGCAUUGAUCGAGCUCUCAGACCAGAACGCUGACUGGAAGCUGAGCUUUGAUGAGUUCCUCAACUGCCUUCGUCCAGGAUUUAACCCUCCAGAGAAAAAAUGUGCUUUGGAGGAUGAGACCUAUGAAGAUGGAGCAGAGACUCAGGUGGACUGUAACCUCUGUGUCUGCGCAUGUGGCAAUUGGGUCUGCACUGCCAUGACCUGUGACGAGAAAACCCCAGCUCUUGAGCCGUCUACCGGUGAUGAGACGAUGACGGAGGAGGAGUGGAGUCUGCGUGUGGCCGAGCUCAACAAACACCAGGAGACCAUGGAGCAGAUAAAGUCCAGCACAAAGGAGGUUUAAAAAAGGAACGAGGAGGAAUAGGUCACAGUCAGGACUCCUGAGAUGACACACUAUUACUGGGAGAACCACAUCAUGUAUUAUUUUCUAUCUUUGACCACAUUUAUCUAUCAUUGCUUUUUCUGUGUAACGACAUUAUAAUAGUUUUAGGUUGACGUCCUUCUUUAUGUCUGUUUGUGUGUCAAUAAGUGCUGUACAUUGUUUUUUUUAUACUAUCAUGCAAAGGUGCCCCAGCACUUUUUUUGUAUUUGUAUUUUUUUACUCAAUGUUACAUUUUUUGUCACAAUUUUUCAGUGUAGAUUUAGAUAUACAUUUUUUGCAUAUGAUUGAGACAAUGGCAGGCGAUGGAGCAGAAUAGUGAAGGAGGGAGACCUGCUGGAAUGACACAGCUGUUACACCAUGUCAGUUAUAUUACUUAGCGUAUCAAGCCACGAGAUAACAUGAAGCGAGAGAGCGGAGUAUGCCAACUCUCGAUACGCAAGUGCAAUGUCAGCUAAGGUCUCCUUUUCGCACACUCGCUGUCUCCACACAGACAAGACGGUCAUAGUCUUGAGACCUUUCAAAAAGGUGCUAAUAUGGAUUUCUUUCUUACUGUCUUUUUUAGCAGUGCAGCUUUCUAGCAUCAGCAUGCUCCUAGAGUACGUCUAGAUCGCAGGUUAGAGAAAAAAAAAGUAGAUUGUUUUUGCCGAUGUGUAUAGGAGCUCCACUCCUCCGUAAACUGUGAUUCUUCAGCUUUUUCGCGGAAAGAAAAUGGUUUCUUCUCCAAAAACACAACAGGAAUGUUUUCACAGCAUGGAUGCUCUGCUUCGCUUUGCGGAAUUGCUUUAUUUAGAAGUAGUUUGUGUUAAAGCGCUUUUGCUGUGCUCAUUUCUGUCAGGAACAUGUGAGUAAAAAAAAAAGAAAAAAGAAAAGAACAAAAAAGCAGAAUGGGAAUGAGCGUUAAUGUGCUGAUUUGAGCAGAAUGGAGGGGAGUUGUUUUGCAUAGAGGCGAGCUAGCCAAACAAACAAACAAAAACCCCAAAACAACCAAAGCGUGAUGUUACAAGUGUUUAAAUGUUGUACAGAUCCUCCAGGUAAAGCAGUACUCUGGACCCAGCAACAUCGUCAUACCUUUUAUUUCAUACAACUCUCAGAUUGAAGAUUAGACGAUUAGAUUCACGGUCACCUCUUUAGCUUUCAGGCUUUCUUACUGCAUAUGUGUGUGUGUGUGUGUGUGUGUGUGUGUGUGUGUGUGUGUGUGUGUGUGUGUGUGUGUGUGUGUGUGUAUUUUCUCACAUUCAUUUUCCUCUUUAAUCCACUAAUAUCAAGUUUUUAUGAUACUGAGUGCCUUAAAUAUACACACGCAGACAGAAUGGCCUUCUCUCAUGUCUAAUCACAGAUCGUAGGAUUCCAUGAAGAACAUUGCAGUGUUAUAGUAGUCAAAGCAGAAGACCGACUAAGACAGAACAACACCAUUUCAGUGUGAAGACGAUCUUGUUAACACCGAAUUGUAUUUGGUUUUACUUGUAUUAUGACUCUGUACUGUACAUCAAUAAAAGAAAUACCACGG